GGCGCGUUCCGCACUGUCCGCGAACUCAGGCGUCGGGCUGCGCGGACACCGCCCGAGGGGCCCCUGCCCGCAGAGGCGCCGUCAACCCUCCUGCCCCGGAGAGCUGGCCUGACGUCCCUCGGCUCGCGCUCCACAGGUUCUUGCUUUUCCAAACAGAGAGGGCAGUGCAUGAAGCCAGGGGUCGUCAGCCAUGCUCCAGACAGUGUGGUCCCAGGAGCCAGUGACCUUUGAGGAUGUGGCCGUGUACUUCACCCAGAAUCAGUGGGCCAGCCUGGACCCCAUGCAGAGGGCCCUGUACCUAGAGGUGAUGCUGGAGAAUUAUGCAAACAUAACUUCCUUGGCAGCAUUGCCAUUCCCCAAACCAGAUCUGAUACUCCAGCUGGAGCAAGGGGGAGCACCAUGGGGCCUGGAUCCCUGGACACCCCUUGAGGGGGAGGCCCUGGGAGGUGUCCACAUAGGUGGUAAAAACAAGAUCGAGCGUGAGGAGCAAAGCCCAAGACUAAACAUUUCUAAAGACUCAGCAGCCCAUAGACUGAUGGUGGAGGGGCUGCUCACAGAAGCUCCCCAGCACCCUCACCUUAAGGACAACUUAGGAAGGCCACAGCCAUGUGACGCAGGGGAGAAAACAAACCAAGGAGGUUUCACGGACUUGCUGGUCCAGGACUACAGAGCUCCCGUCAUCAAAAGGGAGGAGGCAGGUAGGAAGCUGGAAGGAAGCACCAGUGUCAAUACCCACCUCCUGUCAAAGCAGGGCCUCCCUGGAGGACUGGCAUUUUAUAAAUGUGGUGAGUGUGGCCGAUAUUUCAGCCAACAUUCAGACCUUUUGCAGCAUCAGAGGAUUCACACUGAUGACAAGCCCUACAAGUGCAGAGAGUGCGGGAAAGCCUUCAGGUAUAACUCAAAACUCUCCCGACACCAGAAAACCCACACCGGGGAGAAGCCUUACUCGUGUCAGGAGUGUGGACAAGCCUUCGGUCAAAAUUCCCACCUCCUUCAGCACCAGAAACUCCACGGUGGAGAGAAGCCCUUCGGAUGUCAGGACUGUGGGAAAACCUUCAGCUACAACUCAAAACUCAUCCGGCAUCAGCGAAUCCACACCGGGGAGAAACCCUUUCAGUGUAAGGACUGUGGGAAGGCUUUCCGGUGUAGCUAUGACCGAAUCGUCCAUGAGCGCACCCACACCGGGGAGAAGCCCUACAAGUGUCAGGAGUGCGGGAAAAGUUUCAGUUCAAAUUCAGUCCUCAUCCAGCACCAGCGCAUCCACACCGGGGAGAAGCCCUACGCAUGUCGGGAGUGCGGGAAGGCCUUCCGCCGGAGCUCCGUGUUUCUCCAGCACCAGAGGCUCCACACUGGGGAGAAGCUCUACAAAUGCAAAGAGUGCUGGAAAACGUUCAGCUGUAGCUCUCGCUUUACGGUGCACCAGCGCAUCCACACCGGGGAGAAGCCCUAUGGCUGCCAGGAGUGCGGGAAGGCCUUCAAUCAGAAGGUCACCCUGGUCCAGCAUCAGCGGCUCCACACCGGGGAGAGGCCUUAUGAGUGCAAGGUGUGCGGGAAAGCCUUCACGUGGAGCGCAAGUUUCAUUCAGCACCAGAAGUUGCAUGCUCGCAAGAAGGCCACCCAAGUGACAGGGCCAGCCGCAGUUGGGCCCCACUGCCCUGCUUCUGGCCACCCCCCUCUGCCUGCCCAGCACCAGCGCUUUGCCCCCUCCAGGCCAGUGGCCGCCCCGCCUUCCCCACACCCCGCACUCCUUCCUCCCUCCCUGCCUCUCUUUGUGCUGCUCCCCUCGUCUGAAAUGGCUAGUUCUUCCCCUGUUCAAAUAGUGCAUUUCUUUCAGGAUCUCACUUCCCCUAGGAGCCUGAAUCCUUUGUCUCACUCCCCAUAAGCUCCUUCAUGUGCUCGAAAACCCACCCACCUAGAGUUACCAGUUUCCCUGGGCUCCUGACCAUGCCUGUGUUUGUCUUCUGAGCUCGUGGAGUCAUUAUUGUUUUCCCAACUCCAUUUGUGUUCUCACGUGUUAAGAACCAUGUUUGACUCUUCUCUUCCAUCCCCUGGGUGGGAAAUGGUAGGAGUUGUCCUUUAUGGUGUCCAGUUUGGGCGUGUACCCGUCAGUCUGCACCUGCAUUCUCUACUAGACUUGGUAGAGUUUACAGAACACUUUGGGGCUUAGGGGUAUGGCAUUCCAAUGACAUGGCCUGUUGUGAUUCAAGAAAUAUGGGAGGAGGUAAGCAGAGAAAGUAUCCAGUGAUGGCUUUCAGGAAUUAAGGAGGGCCAUUUGGUGGGGCAGUAGCAAGGCUCACCGUGUGGAAUCGGAGCCCAGGACUUCUUAUUAUCUCGAUAAUGACCAUGAUGAGGAUCCUGUGUAACUAAGCAAUAAACCAAGGAAAUAACCAGUAAAAAGAAUAUGAAGUGAUGAGUCAGCAUUGAUAGCAAGAAUGUAAAAUCAUGUUUCUAAACUUGAUUGGAAGGGGAUGUGGCUUUUCUGUUUGGGUUCCUUUUCUUUCCUGUCCACAUCCUUGUUUAAUUUCAGUGCCCACUCAAACAUGUAGGUACGAAAGUAUUUGGGCCUGUGCAGUAGAGGGCAGGUGCCUGGGUGUAGCCAUCUCUCAAUUACACGUGGAGUGAACCUUUUGGCAUCACACUGGUGAGCCUCUGAGGGAGGGAGAGAAAUCUGACCCUGACUUGCAGUAGCUCUUGCCUCAGAAGGGAGUUCAUAACUAAUCAUACACACACGCAGAUGUGUUCUCACACCUGUUCCACGUCCUCUCUGAUUAAAUCUGAAUUUUUGAGUCCUGAUACUUUUAAGUUAAUUUUAUAAUGAACUACUUUGAUAACACGAAGAAUUGUAUAUGGACACUAAUCUUUUUUUUUUUUUAGAUUUUAUUUAUUUAGAGCGUGCAUGAGCUGGGCAGGGUGGAGGGGGUGGCAGGGCAGAGGGAGAAGAAAAGGGGAGAAUCACUAAUCGUAAGCAGACUCUGUGUGGAGCGCUAGUCAGAUGCAGGGCUCCAUCUCAACCCUGAGAUCUUUACGUGAGCUGACAUAGAGUCCCACACUCAACCCACUGGGCCAUCCAGGCGCCCCCUGUUGGUGGGCACUAAUCUUACUAGAUGUUAUGAUGUCACUGGUUUGGCCAUACUUUUCAUCUAGUGGUAUGGGCCCUGAUCCUUCUCACAAUCACUGCUUCAGGACAGUGUAGCAACAUGGGAAGGUACUUUAAGUAGUUAAGCAGGAAUACAGCACUAAGGAAAAGAUACGUACACUGUUAUGAUAACACCAUACAAUUAUGUCUGCAAGGGAGGGCAUAAAGAAAUAUUUUGGUUUUGGCUUUGGUUAGGCUUAUUGAGAUAUACCUUAUAGUCUUUACCCUUUUAAAGUAGACAGCUUGGUGAGGUUUGACAAAUGAAUACAGUUGUGUAAUCAAGAUAAAAUUUCCAUCACCCUCAGCAUAGGGAGAAAUUUAAAUGGUUUGUGGGAUGUUGGAGAUUUUUCUUUAUUUUCUUCCUUGAUAAGGUUUGUAUAAUACAUAGAAUUCAGGAGAAGAAAAGGCAGAAACUAAACUUACCUUCCCAGCUGCAGUCAGAGCUUCCAGACUGCAAAAUGCAAAGAUCCCUCACCUAGAAUCACUGUUUAGAAAAGCAGUCAAAAUGUAGGAAAAUGACAAUGACUGUGGUUUCUUUGUCAUUAUUUCUCUGUCACACACACACACACGAGAUGUAUAUAAAUGUCCUAUUUAUUUCCCACAAACACUAUGCAACAGGGCCUCAGGUUUUCUGGGAGGAUUAUAGCAAGGAAGGGGGGGAGGGGUGGUAGUGAGAGGCUCUGAAGCUAGCCAGACCUCAGAAAAGCAGAACUUCUAAAUGUAGUUUAAGAUGAGAAGAAAGCAAGGAGCGUAGGGAAAAAUAAAUAUGAGCUCUGGGCUGAAAAAUGGCUUUGGAUUUCUCACAGCCAAUAGAUUUAUGGGUUUCUGAUGAUGAUGACUUAUUUUCUCAUUUAUUUCUUUCUUUAUUCAUUAAUUCAACAGGCAUGUAGGGUUCCCCCCAUUGUCGCACAAAUGUGCAAUACAGCCUCCAUAGCACUUAGUACGUGCAAAAAGAUGAAUGAUGUGCCAUUCUUUUUAAUGCAGGGACCAGUGUUGCAAGGUUGUCUGGCACUUAGUAGUCACUCAGAUGUUUUUUGACAAGGGUCAUGUGUAGCUCACAGAAAGGACAGAUGUGUAAAAAUAAACUCAUACAUGACUUAAAAUCCAAUGUAGAGUUCUUCCAAGAGUUUUAUUUUCUCUGAAAGUGAAAUGACUGUAAACGUGCUGACUCCUCCCUCCCUCCCAAACUUACUAGUUUAACACGAGCAAGAGGACUGCCCACAUCCUUCAGGAAAGGGGUAUGGGUAUCAUGUUACCGGAAUUGUUUAGUUUUGAGACUUUUGCCUUUAUCAGUGAGUUGGCUAUGUUAUUUGAGACCCUUUAAAAAUAACAGAAGCCUAUUUCAAUGAAUGUAAGUACACUUAAUUUUAAGGAUUCCUAUGUGUAGCCUGGCACCAAACAAGAAUGCAGCAGGAGAUCUGGAGCCUGGAAAACCCAAGCAGGAACAACAGGCAGUCUCUGCCCUUUCUCCACUUUUUUUCUUCUUAAAAUUUGAUUUAUUUAUUUGAGAGAAAGAAUGAUAGCAAGAGCAGGGGGGAGAGGGAAAAGCAGUCUCCCUGCUGAGCAGGGAGUUCGACGUGGUGCUCGAUGUGGGGCUUGAUCCCAGGACCUUGGGAUCAUGACCUGAGCUGAAGGCAGACACUUAGCUGACUGAGCCCCCCAGGCGCCCCUCUUUCUUCACUUCUGAUUCCUCUCCCCUCUUUGCAGUGCUGCUCGCUCUGUCCCUAGGCACACAGCAGAAUUUGCCAUGGGUUAGAAUUGAUCACAUCCUAG